GGGCGCCCAAGGAGCUGACGGAGAGGGCCGCCGCCCAGCAGUAGACGCUGUCUCAGGCACCCGAGUCGCAGUUUCCGCGGUGUGUGAGUGAGCCCGGGCUCGGUCCCCUCUCCCGCCGCCGCCAUGGGCUGCACGUUGAGCGCCGAGGACAAGGCGGCGGUGGAGCGGAGCAAGAUGAUCGACCGCAACUUGCGGGAGGACGGAGAGAAAGCGGCCAAAGAAGUGAAGCUUCUGCUACUCGGUGCUGGAGAAUCUGGUAAAAGCACCAUCGUGAAACAGAUGAAAAUCAUUCAUGAGGAUGGCUAUUCAGAGGAAGAAUGUAAACAAUAUAAAGUAGUUGUCUACAGCAAUACUAUACAGUCCAUCAUUGCAAUCAUAAGAGCCAUGGGGCGGCUAAAGAUUGACUUUGGGGAAGCUGCCAGAGCAGAUGAUGCCCGGCAAUUAUUUGUUUUGGCGGGCAGUGCUGAAGAAGGAGUCAUGACUCCAGAACUAGCAGGAGUGAUUAAACGGUUAUGGCGAGACGGUGGGGUGCAAGCUUGCUUCAGCAGAUCCAGGGAGUAUCAGCUCAAUGAUUCUGCUUCAUAUUACCUAAAUGAUUUGGAUAGAAUAUCCCAAACCAACUACAUUCCAACUCAGCAAGAUGUCCUGCGGACAAGAGUGAAGACCACAGGCAUUGUGGAAACGCAUUUCACCUUCAAAGACCUAUACUUCAAGAUGUUUGAUGUAGGUGGCCAAAGAUCAGAACGGAAAAAGUGGAUUCACUGUUUUGAGGGAGUGACAGCAAUUAUCUUCUGUGUGGCCCUCAGUGAUUAUGACCUUGUUCUGGCUGAGGAUGAGGAGAUGAACCGAAUGCAUGAAAGCAUGAAACUCUUUGACAGCAUUUGUAACAACAAAUGGUUUACAGACACUUCAAUCAUUCUCUUCCUCAACAAGAAAGAUCUUUUUGAGGAAAAAAUAAAGAGGAGUCCAUUAACUAUCUGUUAUCCAGAAUACACGGGUUCCAAUACAUACGAAGAAGCAGCUGCUUAUAUUCAGUGCCAGUUUGAAGAUCUGAACAGAAGAAAAGAUACGAAGGAGAUCUAUACCCACUUCACCUGUGCCACAGACACCAAGAAUGUGCAGUUUGUUUUUGAUGCUGUUACAGAUGUCAUCAUUAAAAACAACUUAAAGGAAUGUGGACUGUACUGAAGAGGGUCGGAUGUUAAUAAAAGUUAUUACAGUGUGGAGUGUUGAGACCAGACUUCUUUUGCUGUCUCAUUGGGCAGCCCCAAGCAUGAACGGGACCAGGGAAUGGCAGCAGCAUGCAGAAUCUUAGCACUCUUUAGCACAAUCUUCUGUAUUAGGGAACUCUUAAUUGACACGAGAUGCUAAAGUCAGACAUUGGAAUUGGAACAGCUGUAAAGUAUGAUUCGAUCAUCAAGACAUCACUUGGAUUUCAUAAUCUCAAACGUUUAGGGCCGAUGUGAAGUUGAGGUGCUGCAUUCCAGAACUUUAAUAUGUAGCUUACUCUUUUUUUCCUUCUUAACAAACCACCAGUAGUUCAUUUUUAAAGUUUUUUUUUUUUUUUCAUCAGGAGAAUAACAUGACUAAAUUUUAUUUCUUUGCAAAAGAAUCUUUAUUAAAACACAAUCUUAACUAUG